CUGCGCAUGCGCAUAUCACCUCCCUUCAUAUUUUAGCCAAUGCCAUGUAGGGCUCUUGGACAUUUUAGCGUAAUCUACUACAGUUUUGAUUUAUUUCCAGUUUUUUUUUUAAGAAAUGUCCGAGCUUGAAGCUAGUGUAUCGUGUUCUCCGCAGUGUGCGGAAACAGACAAAAUCAAUAAUUCAGACGAAAUCAAUCCAGAAACAGUACAAAACACUAACACCAAUAUUUCUCAGGUUGAAGAAGGGUCUCAGAGCGACAGUGGUCUUCUCGAAGGCUUGUUGACAGAUAACUUCUGUCACGUCUGUGAAGCAACCCUGCUUUAUGAGUCCCAGAGAAUUUCUCAUUAUGAGGGGAAAAAGCAUGCACAAAGAGUCAGGAUGUACUUGCAGAACAAGAACACUAAAAUAAAUAAGCCGAGCCAAGAUUGUGGAGGCCUUCUGAGAGGUCUGUCUGCAGAGAAGUUCUGCGAGCUGUGCAACAUGGUAUUCAGCUCUCCGACUGUAGCCAAGUCGCACUAUGAGGGCAAAGUUCAUUCAAAGAACAUGAGAAAAACCAAUCCUCUGCCACCUGGAUCGCCUGUUCUAGAGCCCAUGAUUCCUGAUGUACACCCAUCAGAGGCUGCUGUGCAGAAUCAGAUCAGUUUGGAGCAGAAGGACACUUCUGGCUUGGGCGAUCAAGAGGUUGAUCUCAGUGACCCCAACAAGUACUGUACACUGUGCAGCGCUUCCUUUAACAACCCUCUGGUCGCCCAGCAACACUACAGCGGCCGGAAGCAUCAGAGGAACCAGGCCCGGCAAGAGAUGCUGGAUCAGAUGGGGGAACAGGCAGAACAUGCAAGCUCCCUGACUUGUCCGAUUUGCUGUCUGACGCUCAGUUCAAUAGAGAUGUACCAGGCUCACAUGCAGGGAAACAAACACUUUGUCAAAGAGAAGAAAGUUAUGGAACUGUGCAAAUCUCAGAAGAAAAUGUACGACUCUUUCCAGGAUGAGCUGGCUGACUACAUCCAGGUGCAGAAGGCCCGGGGUCUGGAUCCCAAAGCAGGGCUGGGCACCAUAGGACAAGCAGGCAAGGGUCUAGAUGAGAGUGUGAAAGAAAGUCCACAGAAAGCGGAAGAGAUUCCUCAACCUGGGAAGCUGGUACCACGUUUUCCAUCUCCUGGUUUCCCUCAACCUCACUGGCACCCGCAAUUCCAGUCUCAGGUCAAUCAGUUUGGCUUUGGUAUGAGAGGCCCUGCCCCACACUAUCAGCCGGGAUUUAUGCCCCAUGCCCGUCCUCCUUUCCCACCUGGUCACCUGCAUAAAAGAGGGAGGAGCCCUGAGUCAUUUAGCUCCUCCUCUUUCUCAGACUCCUCCUCCUACACUAGCAGCAGUAGUGACCGCAGCAGCAGUUAUGACAGCAGAGAGAGGAGGAGACGGAAGAGGAAGAUGAAAAAGCGAGGAAAGAGAAGAAGAGACCUGGAGGACUGGUCUGAUUCGGAACGAGGAGAAAGGAAAAAGAGGCGGAAGGGAGACAGGAGAGGAAGUGUAGAAGGAGAAGAUGAUAGAAAGAAAUGGAAGGAGAGAAGAAAAAAAGAGAGGAGCUCUAGUGAAGAUGAGGAAAGCAGGAGUAAAAGAAGAGCAAGCAAGAAAAGUAGGAGGCACGGGGAGAGACGAAAAGAAGAGGAACUCUUGGAGAAACAAGAGGUUGAAGUGCACGGGGAACCACAAGUAAAGAUUGAGGAACCCGUAGAGGACAGGACAGAAACAAAAGAUGGCAAACACAAACAUAAAAAAGAGAAGAAAAAAGGAAAAGAGAAGAUGAAUCCAGAAGACAACAGGACAGAGGAGGAAAGACUCUGGGAUGAGACGAUUCUUGGCGUUUUUUAGACUUCUGACUUUUCUUUUUUUGAUGAUGAUGGUCUGACAGUAUUGUUCUAAUAAAACUGCACAGGGCACCAGAAAAGCGUUUUGCCAAAAUCUUCUGGGCCCUUCCACUAUUUAUGCUUUCCGAAGAACUCUAAAGUGCUUUCUUUUAUACAGAAACUCAUCUGAUCACAGUUCCUUUUUAAGGAAUCAACAGUGAACAUUUUGUCACGAUUCACUCACCAUCAUUUCAUUUCCAACUCAUAUGUCUUCUAUGGAACACGUUAAGAAUGUUAAGAAUGUUCAUGCUGCAAAACCGAUUGAAAAUAUUGGUUAAAAAUGUUGCUGCCUGCAUUUCCACCUUUUCCACCUUGCUGUGUUGUAAGCUAAAAAACUACAGCGUUUGUUAAAAACUGGCUGGCUAGCUGCACAAUUUGUAUGAAUGAACUGCUACGUUUAGGGUACUUUUAGAGCUCGACAGCAUUCACUUUCACAGUGUGGAAAAGAGCAACAUCAACAUUAUGAUAUUUGUGUUCCACAGCUGAAAGGAAAUCAUACAGGUUUGGAAUGAGAUGAGGGCGAGCAAAUGAUGAAAAUGUUCAUUCCUUGAAUUGCUCAGGACCACAGACUUGAGGAUGUCUCUAGAGCUGCUCUUCUCUCUUGGAGAAAUCACUAACUUUAUACCUUGUGUUGUGAUGCAAAAACACUACGUGAGCCAUCCACCCAUGUCCAUGUGGAUGUGUCCUUCGACUUGCUUCAUGCUUUGAUCAAAUAAACCCCUUCCACUGUUUACAUCAACAUAGAUUAAGUAUUUAUUGUUGACCUUUUUCUAAAAAAAUCUAUUAUACAUGAAUUUGUUUCUGAUUUUAUUGAAGCAUUUCCAGUUUAAGUCUCAAGGGGGCAUUGAUUGCAAGUGUACACACAUAUUACAGUACACUGUGGAUCUGCUAGAAACCUUCUUCAGACUUUCAGACUCUCUGUGUUUCAAGAAAGACAUGAAAACGGAUGAACGGUGUGAAUAAAAUUAAGAGUUGUCAGAAUAUAGACUAUUGCAUAUCAGAAGAGCUCGGUCUGCAAUCCUUGUUGUUUUUGUUGGAUUUCUGUGUAUGUGUGAAACAUUAAUGUGAUGCCAGGCUCAUUUGAUGCAGCAUAUGCUGGAAUAUUUAUGUUUGCAGGUCUAACAGGUGCAGGAGUUAAAUGAGGACAUGACUGCUACUCUUUUGACCUCUUUCUUGCAUAGAGCUGCAUUUCCCUUUUUGUGAGUUAUCACAAUCAUACAAUCAUCCGUUUAUUUAAUGAGUGUGCUGUUAAGCCAAUUUCCAAUGUCUCCCUUAAACGAUCCUUAAUUCACUUUUGGAUCAAUUUCUGAGUGUUCAGGGAACAUACUUAUCAUGAGAAGGUGAAUGUGAAUGAAUGGAAAUUAUACUUGAAAAAGCAUUAAUUUCAGGGGUUUUUAAUCACAUUCGAAUGUAUGGUUCAGUCAGGAAUAACCAUUUUGUAAUAUACUAAUCCUAAUGUCGCUCCAAACUCAUGAAAACUGGGAUGUGGGCUGGUUAAUUUGGCACUGUAUUCCAAGCAUUAUAUGUAUUUUUGUGUCAUAAACAGUAAAAAUUC